AUGUCCUACUCCGACGACGCGGUCCGCGCCAAACUGUCGUCGCUGAGCGAAACGCAAGAAUCCAUCGUGACGGUCGCGCAAUGGAUCAUGUUCCACCGGCGACACGCCGACCGCACCGCUUCCCUCUGGCUCGAACGGCUGCGCGACAGUUCCUCRGCCGCCAAACGCCUCAAUMUCAUCUACCUCGCCAAUGAAGUGGUGCAACAAUCGCGGGCCCGCUCCAAGCAGGACUUCCUCGUCGCCUUUGAGCCUCUGAUCGCCGAUGCCACCGCCCUCGCCUACAAGGGAAGUAGCCAGGACAUGCAGGGGAAGUUGCGAAGGGUCGUCGAGGUGUGGAGACAGAGGAACAUCUUCAAUGGACACGUGCAGACGUUGUUGGAGGGCCGAUUGGAUGAGGUGGACCAGACAAAAUCGUCGACGCGAGGAGGAGGAGGAUUGGGUGGAGGAAGAUUGGGAGGCAGUUUGUUUGGCGGCAACUCCUCCUCCUCCGCACGUGUCGCUCCGGAGGUGGAGAAGAUCAAUCAGUCGCAGAUGAAGAGUAACAAGGCCUCCGCUGCCCUCGCCGCUCCUCUCAACACGGCCAAGACGGAAUACGCCAAGAUGACGGACCCUAACACUCCCGUCCCCAGUGCUCCCGUCCGAGCGGCCAAGUUGCGCGGUUUGGUCAAGGAUCUGCUGGCGGCCCAGGGUGCCGUCGAGGCCAGUAUCGAGGCGAGGAGGGAGUUGAUCCAAGAUUUGGAGAAGUUGGUCAAGAGCAAUCAGGGGAAAUUGGCCGACGACGAGAGCACCGCCAGUGCGCUGCGCUCACAAGCCCAAGGAAUGGAUGCCAUGGUUCGCGAUGUCGAGGACAGUAUCAUGCGUGGCCAGGAUACUCCCACGCCGGGAAUGGAUGCGAGUGCGAAUAGCACAAAUGAUUGGAGUCAGAGACCCGAGACCGAAGGCUUCACCCCACCGCCCCCUGAUGUCGAAGCCUUCACUCCUCCUCCUCCUGCAACUAGUAACGACACGAAUGGCGACCACACAGAACCUCCCAUUCCGGAAGACCCUCCCUCAUACCUUUCCCAAUCAAUCUCCCAACCAUCAACAACAACAAUCGAACCCUCACCAACUCUAGACCUCCAAGCCAUCCUCCGUUCCGCUGCAGGCGAAUCUCCCCAUCAAGCGCCAGCACAAAAUAACGACAACUCCUCCUCCUCCUCCUCCUUCUCCAGCGAUCCACGCCUCAAACGCAGAAAACUCAGCCACAAGACUUCGGCCGGCGCAAUGGACGAUGACUUUAUGAAUGCGGGAGGCUUGGGGGUGGAUGAGGAUGGAAUUAGUGCCAUGCUGGGCGGAGGAGGAGGACAGUAG